AUGGGUUCUGCAGUUGAAAAUGUCCUUACCUUAGACACUCUCAAUCCUAAUGUCAUUGAACUCCAAUAUGCUGUGAGAGGUCCAAUAGUCAUUAGAGCUACACAGAUUGAAGACGAAUUGUUAGCCGGAGAGAAAAAGCCUUUUCCCAAGGUGGUCAAAGCCAAUAUAGGUGAUUGUCAUGCAACAGGACAAAAACCUAUUACAUUUAUUCGCCAAGUUCUUGCCCUAUGCACCUACCCUGAAUUGUUGAAGAGCAAUGAUUUUCCCGCUGAUACUAAGGAAAAGGCAAAGAGGUUGCUUGAUGGCUGUAAAGGUCACAGCCUAGGAUCCUACUCUGAUAGCUGCGGGCUUAAUGUCAUUAGAAAAGAUGUUGCGGCCUUUAUCGAAGAAAGGGAUGGCCAUCCCUCUGAUUUCAAUGAUAUUGUUUUGAGCACCGGUGCCAGCGAUGCAAUCAAGUCUGUGAUGACCCUGCUGCUCACAGCCAAAGAUGGUGUCAACAAAGCUGGGUUCAUGAUUCCCAUUCCCCAGUACCCACUUUAUUCUGCAGCUAUUUCUGAGUUUGGUGCUCACCCUAUUCCUUACUACCUCAAUGAGAAGGCCAGUUGGUCUCUAGACGUGAGUGAGUUGGAGCGGGCUAUUGCUGCAGCCAGGCCAGUUUGCAAGCCCAGAGCCAUCGUCAUCAUCAACCCUGGUAACCCUACAGGUGCUGUCCUCACCAAAGAGAAUAUUCAGAAGAUAAUUAAGUUUGCCAAGAAAGAGAAGCUGUUCCUGCUAGCUGAUGAGGUUUUCCAACAUAAUGUGUAUGCUGCAGGAGCCAAGUUUUAUUCCUUUAAGCAAGUCCUGAUGGAGCUUGGAUCACCAUACAAUAAGAUGGAACUGGCCUCUUUCAUGUCUGCAUCCAAGGGGUACAUGGGAGAAUGUGGUUACAGAGGAGGCUAUGCAGAGGUAAUGCACUUUUCUGUAAUCCAUUUUAGUUUUUUACUAAGUAAUUUUACAUUUCUUCUCUUAUUCAUAUAGAGAGAGGGGAAAACUAAAAUUUGGUUAAUUUAUUCGAUAAUUCCAUGAAUUAUCUCUUUCCAUCGGAUUAUUUUAAAGGGUUUCUCAAGCUAUUAUAUUCAUUACAAUUAUUUACUGUGUCGGGUUGAUCCUGUAUUUAAGUAUAUGCCAAAACUUGCCAAGUGUACUUGUUUUGAUAGCAAUUUUAAUGUUUUAGCUACUGUUUUUCUAGUCAUUUUUCACAUAGUAGUUACUAUUCUAGUGUCUCUGGUUUUUCAUUUUUAUUUGCUUUAGCAGUUUAAAUAGUUUACAUAUUUUUAAUUAUUGUAAAGUGCUUAGAGCUGUAAGGUAAGCGCUAUAAAAAAAUGCCUAAAUAAUAAUAAUUAUAUCUUUGACACAAAUAUCAUCUGUGUUUAGUUUAUUCAUGUCUAACUGAUGUAUGUGUUGACGCAUGUGUUGCUUAACUUGGUAAAGUAACACGUUAGAGGGGGGAGGGAUUUAAAUAUAUGCAUUAAAAAUAAACAUUUUAUUUUCAGGUAAUAAAUCUUUUGCCAGAAGUUAGGGCAGAGUAUUACAAAAGUAUAUCUGCCAAACUGUGCCCCCCAGUAUCAGGGCAGGUAGUAGUGGAUUGCGUUGUAAGCCCUCCUAAAUUUGGUUAGUGGAAAACACUAAGAACCAUUGUUUGUGGUAUGUGUCUUCUGUAAACAAGAUUUGCGAUGUAGUAAUAGACUUCAUAUACAAGGUUUUAAAUUUCAUAAAUAUAUCAUGUUUGUGAAGUUAAUCUAGAAAUUAUCUGAGUUUAUUUAACUUUUGCGAAGUUAAAGAUGUUCUUCUUUUUUGUAAUUGCCAUUCUCUGACAUCCCUAAAUAUUGUAUAGCUGCUUUAUCCCCUGUUGAUUUAGCCAUUAUGAUUUUUGCAUGAGAUUAAGAAUAUUUGUUUUUAAAUAAACAUUUUUAGGUGACCCAUCUUAUGAGCUUUUCUAUGAGGAGAAAAACUUUGUCCUAGCCAAGUUAAAGGAGAAUUCUGAACUCAUCACAAAGUUUUUUAAUUCCAUUGAGGGGAUUACUUGCAAUGAGGUAUACCAAUGCUAAGAAAUAAUUCUAAAAAUUUUGCUAUUCUACCAAUUUAAAAAUAGAUGUAUUGACUUAUUGAGGCAUGGAAAAGUAUUAAAAAUAAUUUGAGUUUUCAUGAAAUGACAGAUAUAAAUCUAAUUCAAACACAUGCUCUUCAAUUUAACCAAAUGAUGGUACAAUUUAAGGCUAGUUAAAUGAACUAUUAAUUAAUUUUAGCAAAGCAAGAGUCUUAUUUCUGGGCCUCUGUAAUCUGCAGUGUCCUAACUGUGGGGUACUAGUCAAUCUGUUACAAAUAGCUCAUUAGCACAUUUCAGCAAUGAAGGGAAAAUUCAGUCCCAUUGUGCAUAUUUUACAAAUUCACUUAAUAUCAUUGAGUAUUAAAACUAUUUCAUACAUAUUUAUUUUCCAGGUCAUGGGUUCUAUGUAUGCCUUCCCUCGUAUCUAUUUACCUGAGAAAGCCAUCCAAGCCGCCAAAGCUGCUGGCCAAAGUCCAGAUGCCUUCUACUGCUUUGCCCUCCUUGAAAAGACUGGAAUAUGCACUGUACCUGGAAGUGGCUUCAGGGAAGAGGAGGGAACCUAUCACUUUAGAACUACAAUUUUGCCACCGGUAAAUGUUUCCUCAUUUUUAGUUAAUUUUUUACAUGACCUAUAACAAGACACAGGAACAGGUGUAAUUAUCUACUACUGACCUCCAUCUCGAUAUUUUUAAAAAAGCAAUUAAAAUACAAUAGCUCCUCUUAUUUGAUAAGAUCUCUGUAAGUCUUAAAUGUGAUCUUCAUUUUAAACUCUAAUAAUUGUUUUUUUACACAAAUCAGACAAAAAAUCAUAUCUUAUAAAGAACCAUUUUGACACAAAUGGAAUCCAAAAUGUCUAUAAAAUGUUGUUCAAUUUUUAUUCAGAGCCCAAGUAAAAAAAACAUAGAUGACCUAAAUUGAAUCUAAAAAGUGAAUAAUUUAAAUUUAAAAUCAACAGGUGGCAAAUAAAACUGACUAACAUUUAAAUCUUUUUGCUUAAGUGGUGCUGAUAUAUCUGAUUACAAAGUGAGUUCGCAGCAAUGUUUCUGCUGAGUCUUAUGUCUUCCUUUUUUAAGUCUACCACGGAUCCUAAUUUUGUUAUGAAAUUUUCUUUUUCUGGUGGAUCAAACUUAGGAUUUAUUAGGCAUGUUUUAAUAAUUUAUUUAUUGAUGUAAAUAAUAGGCAGAGUGUUUUAAAAUGAAGUUGAAAUUAUGUGUCAUCAAUCACUUUCCUUGAUUGACAAUUUUUAAAUAAUAAUUUUUUUUUUAAAUGUAAAUGUAUUUUAUUUCAUACCCCUCCCAUUAAUUUUACCAUUAAUUAUUAGUCGGCCAUUUUAGCUUACACUUGCCUUGACAGGUUGAAGAAUUGAAGGCAGUUUUGGCCAAAUUCAAGGACUUCCAUCUUAACUUUCUCGCCAAAUACAAGUAA